GCGGCACGGGCGGCAGCUGCGGCGGCGCGAAGCCAGCGGGGCGCGGCGGCAGCGGAGACCGAGGCGAGCGGAGCCUGAACCGCUGUCCCCGCGCGCUCGCUCGCCCGCGACGCGCCUGCCGCGCGUGCAGCCCCGGCCCGCGGAGACAUGAGCGCCCCGCGGCCCGACGCACCCGAGGCGCAGCGGCCCGGCCCCGCGGCCCCGUGAUGGGCUCCUGCGUGUCGCGAGAUCUCUUCACAAGUGCCCACCACGACUGCCCCAUGCCCCAAGGCAUGGGUGCCCUCGGCCCACAUCUGCCAUCGGGCCACCCUCCCAUCCCUGCUGCGGACCAUGUCACUGGCAAGGACAAACAGAUGGAUUUCUGUUGGGAUCCUUGGCAGAGGUGCUUCCAGACCACCAACGGCCAUCUCUGCGACUCCAGAUCCUGUGCCAGCAACUACAACGUGGCUGCUCUGGCCACCUCGUCCCUUGUGGGUGUGGUGCAGAGCAUCAAAGACCACAUGACAAAGCCCACGGCCAUGGCUCGGGGCCGUGUGGCCCACCUCAUCGAGUGGAAGGGCUGGAGCGCCCAGCGAUCAGGCUGGGACGUGUCCCCAGGCGAGGAUGAGCGUUACUGCUGUCUCUCCGAUGAGCUACGGGAGGCCCGCUUCGCCGCAGGGGUCGCCGAACAGUUUGCCAUCACAGAGGCCACGCUGAGUGCCUGGUCCUCGCUGGAUGACGAGGAGCUGGACGAUGAGCUGCCUGCUGGCCUCAGCCCCCAAGAUAUUGAUCAGCUCCAGGGCCUGCAGGACAGCUUCCCCAGCGGCCCCUCGCGGGAUGACAGUCUCCUGGCGUUCUCCUCUCCUGGCCUCUCCCCUGAUGGCUGGCCCUCCCCUGACCCCAAAGCAGCUGUCUGCCCGCAGCCCCCUAGCCCUGAGCAGCAGCCCCGGCAGCGGCUGCCUGGGGGACUGGGGCCUGAGGUGGGGGGCUGCCCGCAGGGCUCCCUGCCCUCAGUGGACAGCGGCUCCCUCUCGGAAGAGGAAGAUGAGGUUUUCUAUAACUGAGGUGAGGCUUUCUGGGCCCAGCUCCUGCUCACAGUGUGACCUUGACUGGCCUCAGCCCAGGCACAUCUGGACUCUAGGGCCGCAGCUGGCCAUCUCCUGAUCUCUGAUGGCAGGCCUAGUGUGGAGGGGGCAGAGUGGGGUUGGCACUCCUGCAGGUCUCUGUGCCUCUGUGGAACAGCACUUCAGAGGUGGCCAGAGUCCCCCUACUCCUAUUUUAGUUGGCUCAGGGGGACAUUGCCUCCUGCAAGGGACCUCAAGGACACAGGCAGAUCUGGGCCACAGACCCCAGAGGCGCUGCUGCCAGGACCCCUAGGGCAUCCACCAGGAGUGGAGCUAGGGACCCUUCGUUGUCCCUAAGUUCAGUCCCUUCCUCCCUCUGUGCACCGGCCCUCUAUGGCAAUGAUGUCAUCUCCCUGGUAGCACAGCCCCUGCUCUGUUGCAUCCUUCAGGGCAUC